AUGAUCAAUCAGCGUAUAACUGAUGAUAGACUUUCGCUCGUAAUAAACCUCAUCAAACUUAUCCUGCCUACCAUCCUAUCACCUCGUAGAAAGAAGUACGAAGGCAGCGUAAUCUCAUCUCAUGAAGUAGUGCUCAAGUUCGGUCGGCAUUCUCGUUCUUUCUUCUUCGGGAGAUUCCUCCUAUUUGCAAAAGUGUACCACUUCUUAUCGGCCGAGAUUGUUUUACGACCCGCCGUGUACACUAGGCUUAUCACGUUUCUGCUCCACUCAGCAUUUUCAACUAUGAUGUUUGAAAUUGCGUUUCUCUGCAUCUGGACAACAGUGUGUGCCUCCAACAUCGACCCUUCUGGAUAUGUGGUGUUCUGCCCAUGUAUGGGUCGAUUUGGCAACCAGGUCGACCAACUCCUUGGAGUAAUGCAGUUCACUCACUACUUGGAUAGGACAUUGGUUUUGCCAAACUUCAUAGAGUACCCGUAUCCAAACACAGCCAUGGUACCAUUCGAGAACAUUUUCCAAGUAUCUGAGAUUAGAAAAUACUUGAAGAUUGUUGCUAUGGUUGAGUUUACGCGUGAUAUUAUGCCGAAACUGUGGCCCGCGGAAAAUCGGACAGCUCUGUGCUGGUCUCCACGAAAAUCCUUUUAUGAUGAAAAUGCUCCCGUUGGGUGUCAUCCCAAAGAAGGGAAUCCAUUCGGUCCAUAUUGGGACAAAAUCGGAGUUUCUUUUGCGAAUGAUGCGUACUUUGGUGACAUACCUGGUGGCUAUGAUCUGACUGUGAAAGGAUCGAAGUCUGGUUGGCAGCGAAGAUUUUCCGCUCUGGAUUUCCCAGUUCUUGCGUUCCCAUCACCGCCCGCUCAUUUUCCUUCACGGCCACCCACGUGGGAGUUACAAAGGUACCUCAAAUGGAGCUCACGUAUUACUGGUAAAGCGAUCCAGUUCAUUAAGGAGGAACUUACGCGCCCAUAUGUAGGCAUACAUCUAAGGAACGAUAAAGACUGGGAUCGUGUUUGCGAACACGUUAAUUCUUCACCGGGACAGCAGUUUUUCGCUUCAAUGCAGUGUGAUGCCCAAGAGCAUUAUGACGGAACUUUGUCGAAAGAGAUGUGUGCCCCAUCAGCCACUACAAUAAUUGAGCAGGUAGUGGACACUGUUGGAAAAAUUGGUGCACGAUCAGUAUUUGUGGCCAGCGAUCGGGAUCACAUGAUUGAAGCGAUCAAUGAGGCUUUGCUCGCUUACGAUGUGAAAGCCCAUCGCUUGAAUCCCGAUGAUCCCUUGGUCUCGUUGGCAAUUCUCGGCAAAGCAGAUCACUUUAUCGGAAACUGCGUUGGAGUAGAAUCCCGAAAAGGUGAAAAUACUUCAAAGAGAGAGAGCUUAGAGGUGGAGACCAGCAACAGGAGCAGGAAGGAGAGUUCAGGAGAUGUUCGAGAAGUAAAAGAUAAUGGCAGAAUAACAAAUGCUGUCUGA